AUCUAACCUUAAAAUUUCUAAUCUGAUUUCUACAGUUAACGUGCCGGUUGGUUUUAUAAGUGAAUUAAAAGUGACGUCUUCCCUUAAAUUACAUUCAAGUCAAGCUGUCCGUACACCUUUUCAGGGGUUUAUGAGGGACUAUCAAAAUUAUAAUUAGCAAAUCUGGAUGAGAACACAGAAAUUAUGAUUGCUGCCAAAGAUCCACAGGAGUUUGUUCCAAGUGGAAGGCAGCAACUGUCUUGGCAUCCCGGAACAGUGCAACUGUGCGGUGGCGAAGAGAGCAAUGCUGCUUUAUCGCCCGAGAUACUUCGGAGCGAAUUCGAAAAGGUGUCUAUCGCCGAAAACGAGCAAAAUGAGUGGUGGACAAUUAGAAAAUCGCCCAAUCAAAAAUAUGAGGAGUCGAAAAAGUCGAACGCAUGCGGUAAUAAUAAAAGCAUUUUGUGCGAUCCGUGCACUAAUGAGGGGGCGGAUAGCUCGUGGACUUGGAAAAGUGCAGAUCCGCAAAUAAUUAAUAAGAGACUGUCCGAUGUUCAAGGUUCGAAGAGACGGACCUUGGAUAACGAUAUCAACGAGUUUGUAAAGUUGUCGCACCUACAGUGUCAGAGUUUGGGCGUAAUGGAAGAAGAGUUGUAUAUUAAGGAUAAUGUGGCAAUUUGGAGUAAGGGAAUUGCAUCCACCGGGAAUUGUGGAAAGUUUGAUAGCUCUCGAAUUACGGUUUGUUCCUACUCAAGCCAAUAUCCAAUUACACACGCACAUUGGUGUACAUUUUAUUGUGAGCUGCCCACUUUUAAUUCUAAAAACAUAACGGUGCCAACUUCGGAGACAAUAGGUACACCAAUGCCUUGUGUGUGCAUUGUAGAUAAACAAAAUUUAAGAGUAUUUUCGAUUGAUAGUGAAGAUUUCGUUACCACUCUCCCUUUUACGGUGGGCAACUUUUGGAAUACUGCCUUUGGUAUAAUUUUGGAGCGCAAGAAAAAAACUAGGAAAUGCGAAGAUGAGGCUGGCCCUACUGUCUUUUCAAUGACACAUCCUCUGGACGAGGUCUCACCUGUGGCCAUUUUGCAUGGUACCAUUCGUCUAAUCGAAGAUCAUUCUUUAACCAUUUUAUUUACCUGCGAAAAACCAAGCAUAUGCAUGAUGUUUGAUUCGCAUACAAUGCAGCACAGCAUUUACGUCAUCAGGAAACUUCAUAAUGACGAAUGGACCGAGAUAUCUACAAAAAUGGGUAGCCAGAUGUCAUCAAUGCAUAAUCUCUCAAACAGACAAAAAAGCCAUGCGGCUGCAUGGGAGACCAGAGGAGACACUUCGUCUCCUUUUUCUAGCCGUCCAGCAAGUACUUUUCAUUUUCAUAGUAGUCAUCAGUCAAGAUCUCACAGCCCUAUGGCAGCCAUUAGCAUAAUGCAAGGUUCAGCAGAAAGAGUGAAACCAGGGAAAUUUGGUGAUGGACUCUAUCGAAUGCUUUGGUAA